GUUGGCACUGUCAACAUGUGGGGCGUGUUAUCUGCUCUGUUCUCCGGGGUCCGAAGCCUCGCUUUCAGAUCCAUAGAUGACGAUACCGAAGUCACCAAAAGGAGCCGAGCUAGGAAAGCUCUGGGAGAGCAGGAAGAGGGGAGGAUAAAUACCCUAUCUGAUGAGGAACUGAGGUCCAGGAGUACGAUCCUUAAACCGACAGACAAACCCUCUGGAGCCCUAAAGGUUACCUUUGUUGAUUAUCAAACAAAGCUGAACAGAAAGAACCAUCACACACACGAGUUUGAGAAGACUGGCAACAUCUUACGCCGUGGACAGGUGUUUGUGAUCCGUGUGAUCUUUGAUAGGGAGGUCAAACCUGAACAUGACGUCAUAAUUCUGCAGUUUACCUACGGAACCCGCCCUCAGGAGAGCAAAGGGACAGUGAUCAGAAUACCACUGAAUUUAAAACCAUCGACCAGGUCAUCUGACGUCACGGGAACAUGGUUUGCCGAAGUCCAGAGUAUUACCGAAAAAGUAAUAGAGUGUGGGAUAACAUCUGCCUCAGACAGCAGCAUUGGAAGAUACCAGUUCUACGUGGAAACAAACCUGAAAGAUAACAAAGAAUCCCUGAGAAGAUUUGAAGAAAAGGAACCGUGUAUCAUUCUCUUCAAUGCUUGGGCGAAAGAGGAUACUGUGUACAUGGAGAAGGACGAGGAGAGAGAGGAGUACGUACUGAAUGAGACCGGCAGAAUCUGGACCAGUAGAAGUUAUUUUGGACGGCCAUGGAAUUUUGGACAGUUUGAUGACCCGGUGCUUGAUGUAGCUCUGCAGCUGCUGUCGGAUGGAGGACUAUCUGACGUGGCCUGUACUUCUCCAAUCUCUGUCAUCAGAUGCAUCUCAUCACUGUGUAAUUCCUGUGACAGUGAUGGUGUUUUGGAGGGUAGGUGGACAUCGGAAUACCCCGAGGACUGUACAGUUCCGUGGAAGUGGACUGGGAGUGUCCCGAUCAUUAGAGAGUAUCACACCAACGGAAAUAAGCCCGUCCGGUAUGGUCAAUGCUGGGUGUUCUCCGGACUCACCACAACAAUUUGUCGCUGUCUUGGGAUUCCGACACGUUCUGUGACAAACUUUGAUUCUGCGCAUGACACAGACAGUAGCAUGACCAUCGACUCUCACUGGGAUGAAGAUGGAGAGCCUAUAGAAGAUAUGAAUGAUUCUGUCUGGAACUUUCACGUAUGGAACGAGUCUUGGUUUCGACGGUUAGAUUUACCAGAGGGUUAUGACGGAUGGCAAGCACACGAUGCAACGCCCCAGGAGGCUAGCGAAGGAGUGAUGAGGUGUGGCCCCGCCCCUUUGAAGGCUAUAAAAGAGGGACAUGUGUACCUCUGCUACGAUAUACCUUUCAUAUACGCUGAGGUCAAUGGAGAUCGCGUACAGUGGGUGGUCAAGAAAGAUGGUACCAUGGAAGUAAGUCAAAUUAACCGUUUUGCCGUGGGUUCGUUCAUCAGCACGAAAAAGGUUGGAUCCUCCUACCGAGAGGAUGUGACGCUCAUGUAUAAAUACCCAGAAGGAAGUGAAGAAGAAAGGAGAGUUGCCCAAUUUGUCAAUAGAUACAGCACGAGGAGGAAGCAGAACAUUUACAAACUGGACACGCCUAAGGAGUUAGAUUUCACAAUUACGCCACCAGAGGAAACGAUGAUAGGGGACGACCUAGAAAUAAAAGUCGCUGUCAAAAACAUGACAAAGCAGUCCCGCAUAGUUAGUUUGACCUUGACCCUAGUUAAUGCUUAUUACACUGGGGUGUCAGGGACACGGGUUAAAACUGAAACGUUCAAGGAAAGCAUCGGAGACAAAGAUGAGAAGGUAGUUAGGAUGCAAGUGAACGGUAAAGAAUAUCAGCCCAGAAUGAAUCCAGAAGGACGAUUCCAGUUAUUUAUUUCUGGGAAGAAUUUGGAGACUGGUAGACUACAAUCAAAACAAAUCACUUUUGUCCUGAAGAAGCCAGAACUGGUUAUACAGGUCCCAAAGACAGUAGCUGUCUAUGAAGAUACAGAGGCUACUAUUGUAUUCAAGAACACUACACAACUCGUUCUGACGCAAGCGGAAAUAGCAGUAGAAGCAUCCGGUCUCCUCACUCCUAAUACAAUCGCCAUCAGCAAUCCUAUCAAACCCGGAGAUGAGGUCAAGGAGAUGGUCAUCCUUCACCCCCGCAGACGUUACUGGUGGGGAAGAGAAAUUAUCGCCACCUUCACCUCCAAAGAGAUUGUGGACAUUGAAGCAAGCGUAGAGGGGAUUAAGGUUGUCAAAUCAACGAAUGGAGAGGAUAGCGAUGACGACUAAGUCAACGAAUGUAGAGGAUAGCGACGAUGACUAGGUCAACGAAUGUAAAGGAUAUAGAUAAUGACUGUGUCAAGUCGAUGAAUGUUGUGGAAAGCAUUUAUGAUGAUUGUAAACUAAUGUAGCAAUGAUCUCUGAAGAACAUAUCAAUAUCAGUUACAGCAAAGCUAAAAUAUUGCGGUCUUGUUUUUGAAAAUUAAUUCUCGGUGAACUUUCAAAUUUGUUUUACUCUCAAAGAGUAUAUCAAUAUAUCAUACGAUGCCAGAAAGACUUGUUCAAAUAUGACUGUAUAUCUGCUUACAUGUAGAGAAAUACUAUAAUUCUUCUGCUUUUUGUCCUUUCAUAUCAUUUCUUAUUUUUAUCUUGCAUAAAUCUUUACAUAAAGAUGAAGCAAUGUGUGA